UCCUCAGCCUUCACACCACAUCCAGUCCCAGUCUCUGGCAACCACUGCCGCCACCUUACCAGACGAGCACCGGUAAAAUUCAUCGACAGCCAUCUGGACGUGCUCGCGGAGAUGCUGAAGGUCAGUGGAGUCUUCAUGCGAGUCACUGCGCACGCGGAUUCGCCGGGUGCCGUCACGCGAGCUGUGGUGUGAACUGA